CCGGGCUUUGCAGCUCGCCACGCCUCGCCUCGUUUUUUCUCAAUAGUUGUCAGAGCUUCGGGUCACUCACUAGUCGUCGUGAGGCAUCUUCCACUCCCUUUCUUUCUCUCUCUCUGUCUCCCUGUCCUCCACCUUCUCAGGCUCCAGCAUCCUUUUUGCAAAGGCUGAGAAAACCGUGGACCGCGAAGCAGCUCGUAUACUCGAGGUCGUCUGAGCUCUGCAUUAUCCGAGGCAGGAAAACAAACGCAAGUCUUUUCUCCUCAAAAGUUCUCGACUCAAACUCCGACCAUGUCCGGCGAAGACGCACCUGCCCAGCAGCAAAACGCCGAGGAGCAAAAGCAGCAAGAAACCAAGACGCCCGCCGAGUCCCCAAAAACCGAGAGCAAACCAGACCCACCGCCCAGCAGCGCCUCCACCGAGGCCGCCGCCGCCGCCGCCGCCGACACCCCAGCGCCCGCCGAGGAGAAAGCCCCAGAGGAAGACACGUUCAGCUACCGGGCUCUGGUGCUCACCGGCUACGGCGGCUAUGAUAAGGUGAAACUCCAAGUGAAGAAGGGGAAGCCAGCUCUGAAGAGCGGCGAGGUGAUGGUGCGCGUAAAAAUGUGCGGGCUGAACUUCGCAGAUCUGAUGGCGAGACAGGGACUGUACGACCGGCUCCCGUCCCCGCCGGUAACCCCGGGCAUGGAGUGCUCCGGGAUCAUCGAGGCUGUCGGUGAAGACGUGACUGACAGAAAAGUGGGUGAUAAGGUCCUGGUUCUGAACCGGAGCGGUAUGUGGCAGGAAGUAGUAGUGGUGGCGACCACACACACCUUCCUGAUACCAGAGGGCAUGAGCUUUGAGGAGGCGGCGGCACUUCCUGUCAAUUACAUCACCGCCUACUUGAUGCUCUUCGACUUUGGGCACCUGCGUCCGAACCAGAGCGUGCUCAUCCAUAUGGCUGCAGGUGGGGUGGGCAUCGCUGCCACUCAGUUGUGUAAAACGGUGAAUGAUGUCACAUUGUUUGGCACCGCCUCGGCCAGCAAGCACGAGGUCAUCAGCCAGGGCGGAGUCACGCACCCCAUUGACUACCGGACACGUGAUUAUGUGGAGGAGAUCCGUAAAAUCAGCCCCAAAGGCUUGGAUAUUGUUCUGGAUCCUCUGGGAGGCUCUGACACUCAUAAGGGCUACAACCUACUGAAACCAAUGGGGAAGCUCAUCAGCUACGUCAUAUUCAAUCAUAUCGCAAUGGAGGCCUUGCCUCCUCUCUCUCGUAACUUUCUCCCAUUCAUUCUCAAUUACCCCCAUCAAUCUCACCUCAUCGCUCAGGCCAUGGCAGCCGUUAUGGACCUGUACAGACAGGGCAAGAUCAAGCCCCGAAUUGACUCCACCUACCACCUAGAACAGGUUGGUGAUGCCAUGCGUAGGAUGCAAGAGAGGAACAACAUCGGUAAAAUUAUCCUCACCACCGAGCCCAUGAAGGAAGAGGAGAAGAAAGAGGAGGCCAAGAAAGACGAGGAAAAGAAGAAAGAUGACAAGAAAAAGGAUGACAAGAAGAAGGAAGACAAGAAGAAGGACGAUGCCAAGAAGGAGGAGAAAAAGGAGGAGAAGAAGAAGGAAGAGGCCAAGAAGGACGACAAGAAAGCAGAAGAAAAGAAGGAAGAAACCAAGAAAGAGGAGAACUGAGUGGAGAGCUUUGUGUCAGCGGUUUGGGAGUGGUUUGAGUGAGUGUGUGUGUGUGUGUGUUAUGUGUGAUUGUGUGUGUGUGUGUGUAUGGAGGGGUGUAUAGUGUAAUUAGCUUAACCCCAGUUGAUUCCUGACAUUAGAUCUGCAUUUCUGCAAUCAUUCAGUCAACAGAAUUCACACACCACUUAUGUUCACCCACACCCACACACACACACACACACACGCACUUUAUACACCAAGGGAACACACCACUUUAUCGUUCUGUUGUAACCUGGUAGUAUUUAUUCCCAGUUCUGCUGCGUCCUUUUUAACUAUUUCAUAUGACUGCAUGCCACCAAGGCAUGUUAGGGCAGUAUUAUCCUUUUUAUAACUAUCACCGCAGUGUUUACUCAACCAACGUCUUUAAUUAUAUAACAAAAUAACCUUACUCUGCACCCUUUAAAAUCGUACUACCGUAUCCUCUAACGUUAUUCCUGCCAAACUAAUGCACUAUAAAAUUAUUGUAUAUCACUGAAAUAUUCUUUGUAGACGCAAACCAAGAACCACCUCAUUCGCUCUCUACACCCCUCCGUGUGUUUGCGUAUCCACUGUGAGUUUGGCUUUUGUUUCCUUUUCGUCUCUGUUCUGAAGUGGGUGCACUUGUUUGAUUCGCCAUACGUCAUCAAAAGUGAAAGAGCUUUUUUUUUCUGCCCACCUUGGCAUGCAAAAACAAGAGCACCCACCUACACUCCCACUGUUUAUGUUGUUUUCCCCUUAUUGGGCCAGACUCACUGACAUGUACUCAAGCCCCGCCCCCCUGGAGGAGUCAGGGUGGUUUCUGAUUGGCCGAGAGGGACAACAGGCUUCUUUUAUGCGUACACAUGUGCACAUCGCAGACGUUACCCCAAAAACUAACAAGGGUGCUUUAGGCCUCAGCUGAUCAAUGCGCCAUGUCAUUAAAACGGGGCAAGCGCCAGGGUUUUAAUGAGUCUUGCUUGGCAAGCAGGACCAAUUAUAGAGAACAUUCUCCCAGCCUUUUUCCCAUCAUUUCUCUUGUAUCAGAUGUGGACUCAUAAAGACAGGAGUGGCCUUUCAUUCCAGAACCUCCUCCAGGAUUCCUCGGGAUCCUGACGCUUUCCGCCCCUCGUUCCCGUGACUGCUUACCACACGAUCAUGCUGACCUGCAGCUCGCAUUUAAAUAUGAUCUCCGCUCCGUCUGGCUUUUCUAACUCCGCUCUCUCUCGUUCUCUACCCAUUUCGUCAUUGUGGUUGGCAUAGCAACAGCAGUUAGGCUAGUUAGGGAUGACGGUUAGGUCUCACCCCCACAUCGCAGGCGGACGCAAACAGACAACCACUCUCGGCUUCUUUUAUACCAUAAACUUUGGUGGUUUUAUUUGAAUGCAUUUAGGAAUGUGGCUACACCCUCGCUUAGACAUGUCAAUCAAUCCCUCUGGCUCCUCCUCCUCCUGUUUCUCAGAGCAGUAAUCUACUGCCUCCGCUGGUGAUUUAUAUGCAUUGCAGUGCUAUCAUUCAAGUAAUCAAGACACCUGCUGACCGCUCUCUUUCUUUUCACACUGUGAGUCUGGUUCAUCUCAGUGAGUGUUUAUGUGAAACAAAACCAGAGCCCCUCUUUUAUAUGUACGUUUGUUGUGUGCGAGUAUGUGUGUUUCUGUAUUUGGCUGUCUGUCAUCAGGUUUGUUGUCGGAUUUAGAUUAAAAAAAUCUUUCUUUCUUUCUGUCUCUCUACCUCCCUCAUGCUACCUUAUGCUACCGUCUGGCAUUUUAACCGUCUCUUCCUCUCCUCCGUCAGUUUCUAACUCUCACCGUCACUCUUGAAUAUCCCGGCCCCCGUGAACGGCCUGCAUUGGUUUGCUAUCGUUUGCACUCAGCUUGCAUUUACAGAGCAUGGCGGUUCCACACCCAAUCCACCGUAUCUCUGGUUCCCGUCCGGGUUUUCACACCGUUUCAGUCACAUUCUCGUUCUCCCACCAACACACUCGCUCUGUAUGCGCCUCUAAAACCGAGAAACAAGCGUUUGAACAUGCAUGGAGAUGCUCAGAAGGCCGCAUUGUUCGAUGCAUGCUCGUGUUUACAUAAUCACUACGAGUGCAGAUAACCGUUCAGGCCCAGAAUGCACUGGGGUGGGUGUGGAACAGCCAUACUAGUCUGAAGAGUCACCAUGUUCCAACUCACUGAAUCCCGAUCCGGUUUUGAGUUCCGGAUCCGAGGGAUUGAGUUUCAGUUUCUUGUUGUGUUCCGCUGGUUCUCUUCCUGUGUUCCCGUGGAUGGUGACUCAGAGCACCAAGUGACCCUAACUAACUUCAGUGAAAAAUAUCCGUCCUCUUUGUAUUAUGUUUCAUUUUUUGUUUUUGUUUUUGUGGUCUGCAUUUCAGUAGUUUGAGUUCAAAAGGCUUUGCUGCAGUUCCUCCAAAAUGUGAUGAAUCAUGUGAUUUCGUUGGUCUUGACUGAGUGUGCCAAACUUUUUCGUGAAGGCAUGACCUUCGUUAUAACUGUGCUUACUGUACUGAAGAAAAAAAAAACGAAGAAUGAAAGCUGAAGAAAAAAAACCUAACCGUCCGUGGUUUUUGUCAAAAUGACCUUGCAGUAAAAGAUCUGGAGAUUCUGAAUUCGCUCCUGUCGUGUGUGGUCGACUACGCCCUGAAUAUUAUUGGUGCUGACUGAUUUCCGAAUUUUGUUUUCUGCUAACGUUCGAAUCCAUGCAAAACCUCUCGUUCUCACUGUGCCUCAGUCGUAGACCAACACCAGAUUGCCUCCACGCAUGUUUACACGCGAAUGCAUAUACACGCACGUAGACAGUAGUUCGUCCCUAACGCCGUCUCAGCUCUGCUGUCCUGAGGGGCUGGAAUCUCAUUCCCACUGAUCUGAAACCCCCUCAGAUCAGGUGUACUGUUGUUUACGGAUGCACUUUUGUGUAUCAUGUGGGUGUUCAUAGGAAAUUAGGCGUCUUUUCUAACCUAUGACCCGAGGUAACCCAACAAAAAGAUCCAGCAGCAGUGAGAACGAACGAAUGAUUCAUGUCUGUGUAGUUUUCCAAGCUGUUUCAGGAUUUGCUGGCUAUUCGUUGUUGUUUUUUUGUUUCUCAGUGAAUGUACAGUAAUUAAUCGCGAUCCUGAAAGGAUAGUUCACCUAA